UCUGGAGAAAGGACACAUCAUGUUCUACCAAGAAGACCUGCAGCGCUGUGGUCUUGAUCUCACCGAGGCCUUGGUGCACUCAGGAGUUUGUACAGAGAUCUUUAAAAGAGAGAGAGUGAUAUUCAAGAAAACAGUCUACUGCUUUGUUCAUCUGAGCAUUCAGGAGUUUCUGGCUGCAGUCUACAUGUUGCACUGUUACACCAACAGAGACACAGAGGUACUGGAGGACUUCCUGCAGGGAGACUUGGACGAUGACAACAGUGAUAGCAGUGAUCAGGAUUACCCAUCCCUGGAUGUCUUCCUAAAGAGUGCCAUGAUGAAAUCCCUCAGAAGUGAAAAUGGCCACCUGGACCUGUUUGUCCGCUUUCUCCACGGCCUCUCUCUGGAGUCCAACCAGAGACUCUUAGGAGGCCUGCUGGGUCGCACAGACAACCGUCCAGAAAUCAUCCAGAGAGCCAUCAGCAACCUGAAGGAGAUGAGAAGUGAUGAAGUCUCUGAUGAAGACAGGAGCAUCAACAUCCUCCACUGUCUGACAGAGAUGAAGGACCACUCAGUACAUCAGGAGAUCACAGAGUUCCUGAAGUCAGAGAACAGAUCAGAGAAGAGACUCUCUGUGGAACGCUACUAUGCUCUGGCCUACAUGCUGCAGAUGUCAGAGGAGGUUCUGGAUGAGUUGGACCUGGAGAAGUCCAAAACAUCAGAGGAGGGACGACGGAGACUGAUUCCAGCUGUGAGGAACUGCAGGAACGCUGUAAUUCCUGCCAGUGGAUUCUUAGACUGGGAAGUCGUGGCCUCAGCUCUGAAGUCCGACCCCUCCGCUCUGAGAGAGCUGAAGCUGAGAGUAGAUCUGCAGGAUUCAGAGGUGGAGCAGCUGAGUUCUGGACUAAAGAGUCCAAACUGUAGACUGAAGACUCUGAGUCUGGAGUACUGCAGCUUGUCAGAGAUCAGCUGUUCUCAUUGGAUCAGGACUCUGAAGCUGACUCAAAGAACAAACACUUAUUUUAAACUGGAUCUCAAACUGUUGGAUUGUGUUCAUCCCUACAGGAUCGGAUAUGGUGGAGAGACGUUCAGAUCCACGAUCCAGAAGACCUGUGACUCCGAUGUGGAACAGGAAGUGAAGACAGACACAAAGGCUCCUGAAUCCUUCUCACCUGAACACACACCUGAGUCUUCAUACAGGUUCAGGUGUACUGGUCCAGGUGAGUUCCAGUGUGCUUCGACUGGCCUGGUGUUCAUCAUGGCUAAGGAGGCGGAGCUUCUGUACAGGACGGCCCCUUGGGAUGAGAGUCUCCUCCAAUCAGCUGGCAAGCAGGCAGCAGGGCCGCUGUUCGACGUGAAGAGUUCUGAUGAAGCUGCCGUCUGCCAGCUCCACCUGCCGCACAGUGAGACAGAGGAUGCGCUGCUCCUGGACGGCCUGUUGUCUGUCGUCCACAUCACUGAUGAAGGCCUGAGCGUCUUGGAGCCGCUGGAGGUCACACGCACUCACGUGGUGGUGAAGGUGCUUCAUCUCUCUUCCUUUGGCGUUAUCAUCGAUACAUUGAAAAGGUUUCUAGGGUGGCCGAUAAAUGGCCAAAUUCUGCUGUUCCUACGACCCGCGGACAGAGUGGAUCAAAUACUGGAUGUACAUCUUCUGCAGAACAACGUCCUUGUGGAGGAGGUUGCUGAAAAACAAAGAGGUACUGUGAACAUCAGACUCUCCUCCGACUGUGAGCUGCACAUUCAUCACAAAUACAGUGUGCACUGUGAACCUGAGGGCUUCCUCACACACCCUGAGAGUAAAAAAUUUGAAUCCAGGUUUGGACCAAACUACCAUCCGACAUUUCUAGUUUACCUGACGACGAGCACAGAGAAAGUGGUGUUGAAGGUCAAGGACCAAGAUGGAAACGUUGUCUGGUCUUGUCCCGUAUCACUGGAAGGUCCAAGGCGGCAAUUAUCCCAGAGAAAUGUCCCAGCAGAGAGCAGCGUCCCAGCAGAGAGCAGAGUCCCAGCAGAGAGCAGAGUCCCAGCAGAGAGCAGAGUCCCAGCAGAGAGCAGCGUCCCAUCAGAGAGCAGAGUCACAGCAGAGAACAGAGUCCCAGCAGAGAACAGAGUCCCAGCAGAGAGCAGCGUCCAGUGGCUGUUCUCAGUUCGGAAAGAGUUCGUUCAAAGAGUGACUCCACCUGUCCUGAAGGACCUUCUGGAUAAACUCUUUGAGUCUGAAGUGAUCAUUAAAUCUGAAAUGGAUUCAGCCAGAAACAAACCCAAAGAUGAAGGAGCACGAGAGGUGGUGGACGCGGUGCGAAAUAAAGGAGCUGCAGCCAGCAGGGUUCUGAUCAACGCUCUCUGCGAGCUGGACCCGUAUCUUUACGAAGAGCUCGAGCUUAAGCUGAAGUAAAACCUUGUGGAGUGUGUGUGACAGUUGAAGUCUAGUCCUCUGUUUUGCUACCUGUACAUUUUCCCCCUUGUCCUUGAAGGUAACACACAUUCUGAGCGAAGGCCACUUUCCUUCUCUCGUUUCUCCUGGACUCCCUCCUGAGAGCAGCAACCAGGGCUUGUUUUUAUUUUACCAGUUGGUAUUGACUACUGGGUAAGAUUUGGGAUUUUGGGGCAUUUGGUACCUCUGCGUGCGAUUGGGAGUUCUGUUUGUUUUGUAUGAUCAAACUGCAAAGACCUGUACCUGUUAGGGACUGUAAGUAUACUAUUCUUUGAUGGUGAAUUAAACCUACGUGGCAAUAGUGAACAACCUUUUUUCCAAAGUACAACGAAAACAAGUCCAUGCUUUGGAUGUCUUUUAACCUGACUGUUCUUUCACCUGCACUAUUUCUAUUCAAAUCUAUCGUGCUCUGUUU